AUGAGGCUAGGCAUCCCUCUCUUCCUCGCGACAGCCGCGCACGGUGUUGCGCCAGCACCAGCUUGCCACCGCGGCGCCUCUCUCAUUCGCGACGCCGCCGCCAUCCCGCGAAAGGCCGUCAUCGCCACCGCCGUCGGCCUCGCUGUCGGCAGAGUGACCCGCCUCGCCGACCCUUUCCAGCCUCGUCGGCUGCUGGUCGUUGGCGGCGGGCUCACAAGCGCGGCCAUUCUCCGCCGCCUGGGCUACGUCACCGUCCACACCAGCACCAUUGGCAGGCACCUCGGGCGCCUCCAGCGGCUGUGGACGACCAGCGGCACCCGGGCUGGGUCUCGCAUCGAUGCGAGCGCCUCCGAGACACCCGCUGAGCGCCGCACUGCAGCGAGCUUGUGGGCGAUCGCGAGCCGCUUGGGAGGUCGUGCAGCUGUGGCCGGACUCACCGCGGCGUGCUCCAGCGGCGGCCUGGCCUUUGGCGUCCGCCGAGGCUACCGCGCCUCGCUCGCCAUCCCGCGCAUGUACUGGGCGAGGCCGGGGCGGCUUCGGCCCGUGUGA